AUGCCAUACUCCACCAACGCUACCGUUGACCUCAGUCCGGAGGCUGAACUCUUGUUUCGCUAUGUGAGCUCAUCUCAACACGACACAGACUUGGCGGGAAGCCAUAGCAUGCGAACCGCUCCGCUCUUCACAAACGAAGCCUUGAAUGUCAUUGGUACGACCGUCCUUCCUCAGCGCGCAGUCUACGGAAACGUUCUUCAUUCACCUAAGGAGCCUUCGCCACUCACGAAACUGUACGUGAACACAAACGCCCCUUUCAGCGCCGUCGUAUGUGGUCUGCAGGGCUCUGGCAAAAGUCACUCGACGGCUGUUCUUCUCGAAGGCUGUUUGAUUCAGGAUCGACGUCUCGGGACGCUUCCCGUGCCGCUAUGCGGCCUGCUCUUUCACUUUGACUCUGCUGCAGGCAGUGGAUUCGUUCAACCAUGUGAAGCGGCGUACUUGGCUGUGAUGGAUGCGACUCGUGGAGGGACGGCGACUGCCCCAGACGUUACUGUCCUCACCUUGCCUAACCGCGUGGAAGCAAUGAAGUCGGUUUAUGCCAACUUACCGGGAGUGAAAGUGGAGGCUUUACGCUUCGCCUCUAGAGACAUCAGUGGAGAACGGUUACUGGCAAUGAUGAAGGUGGACGAUGGUGAUCAAAUGCCGCUCUACAUGGAGCUCGUCAUGACCCUCCUCCGCGACAUGGAAGUCUUCGACUAUAACGAGUUUCGAGCGAUGCUUGCGAAGCAGAAGAUAAAUGGGUCGCAGAAGGCCAUGCUUAACCUUCGUCUGGCCCUGCUCGACUCCUGUCUGAGAGGGGGGAACGCGAACAACUGUGUAUCGACACACUUCCGGCAGGGGGCUUUGACGAUCGUGGAUCUGUCUUCUCCAUUCAUCGACGCGUCGUCGGCAUGUGGUUUUUUCGAUAUCAUUCUCAGCUUGUUCAUCGAGGCCGAAGUUGACACCGGAAAAAUCGUAGUGUUGGACGAGGCGCACAAGUACCUUAGCGACUCAGGCCACUCCUCUCGCCUCACCGACUCCUUACUUAGCAUCAUCAGGCAGCAAAGACAUCUGAAUGCUCGAGUCAUCAUUUCGACCCAAGAGCCCACGGUAGUACCUUCCAAGUUCUUGGAGCUGAGCUCGUUCAUCAUCGCGCACCGCUUCUCGUCUCCCAAAUGGCUCGCACAUCUAUCCGAGCACGUAUCAGCUGCUCAGGCCGUUAGAGAUGAAAUAUUCUCCAAGCUCAUCGAUCUUCGAACGGGCGAAGGCAUAAUAUUUGCUCCAUCCGGUCUCAGGACCAAGCCUUCUCCCACUGACUCCUCGACUAGGGUGGUGACCUUCGGACAGGACUACUUGCUCGUCCAGUCUCGGCAGCGCAUCACUCUCGAUGGCGGUCACUCUAUGCUUGCUGUCCGCGAUGAAACCAUGCAUACUCGAAUCGGGCGCAUCGCUGUGCAGAAUGUGACGAGGAGUGCGGUUGUCACGAUGGCGGAACCCGUUCUGUCGGAAAUAUCGUCAUCGGAGCAGGCGAAACCUGGUGAUGACCAUGUUCAGCCAGAAGUGAGAAGGCCUUCCGUUCGUCAAAGCUACCCCAGUACGAGUGAUAUUCAGACCGCGUUUCACAGCGGGAACAGGUCUUCCAUUACCCCUUCGCUUGGCAAUGCCUCGGUUGCAUCUCCCGUACCGUCCAUCGCGGUCCCAACAACUAUCACCAAGGCCUUCCCCGCAGAAACUCAAACCCUUACUCCCAUCACUGUGGCGUACCUCAAGAGGGACGCGUCACAUUCGACGAAGCAUCUGGAAAAGCUCGCCAACCCCCAUUUGAUUUUCAACAGCGCUAGCCACCUCACGAUAGUUCUCGACAUCUUGAGGUCCUAUAGACAGGAAGGUCUGGUGCUCGUUCCAUUGAAGCAAGUGAGGAAACCUUUGGUAGCCCGCAGCAAGGCGAAAAACUCGGGGCUGAACAGUUCAGACAUCAUUGUGGCGGUUCAGAUGUUUCUUAUAGAGGAGACUGAGAGGGGGUCGCUCGUAUACGGGCAUACGGGAAAGGGCUCACAGCCUGGGCAACAGUUUGUGAAGUUGGUAGAUGCGUGA